UUGGCUGGUGACAUUGUGAAGAUGUCAAGGUCAUCGCGAAGUUCAAAGUUGCCUCCCGUUGUUUCCUCCUCCGUGUCCUCCUUUUCCGGAAGUGAAUCGGUUCCAAGUUUGGAGGCCAUGUUGCACGUGACUCAGGUGCAGACCUCGGAGGUGGACAACACCGAGAUCUACUUCUACAAGGAUGGCAACAACAAAUCCAAGACGGAUCUUCCAAAGAAGGACAGCACUCCCAACUUCGAAGAGGAAGUGCCCACAAGUCCGCCAUUUAUGGCAUUGGUCAGCAAUCUGCCAAUGGAGUGCACCGAGCGCGAGUUGCAGAAAGUUUUUACCAACUUUUCAAUUCGUUCUUUAACUAUUCCAAAAAAGGGAAAAAGACCCAAGGGAUUUGCCUACGUUGAAAUGGGUUCUCGACAGGAUCUAAUUCGAUUACUUCAACUGGAUAAGCCCAAGUGUCGUGGUCGUUGUCUUAUGAUAAAAAUUAACGAGAAGAAGGAAACCCCACAAAUUGGAGGUGGUGAUGCUCAUUAUAAUCCACUACCAAGCAGUGAAUGCGAUGCGAACUCAGAUCAUUAUUCGGCAAGUGUGAGUGAUCUCAGUACCAUUGAUUCGCCAACCAGUCAAAGUGGAUCUCCGAUUUGGCCAGAAAGUGAAUCGUCCUAUUAUAGAAGAGAUAUGCCAAUAACUCGUAAGCCAAGUAGCACUGAGGAACUGGAGCGCCGAAUGGAUAUCCGUCUUAAGAAACUGGCUGAAUUCGAAAAUGCUCAAUCGGAGAGAUUCCAAAAUGGGAGCUUUGAUGAUCAGGACUCCUACAGCUUGUCCUGGAGCGAUAUCCUCAGCGAGACCAGAAACAGUGAGGCCAAUUAGUUUGGUUCAAGUUUAAAUAUGUCUCACUAUUACCAAAAAUUAUUAUUAAAUUUUCCUGCUUAAAA